AUGGGCGUCCAGCUACCCGACCUGCAGUUUACCUCGCUGGAGGCUAUCCCAGCGGUCAUCUCCACCACGCGCAAGUCGUUCUUGGAGCACAAGACCCGCGAUGUCGAGUUCCGUCUCGUCCAGCUCCGCAAGCUCUACUGGGCCAUCAAGGACCAUGAGGAGGAGAUUGUCGAGGCGUGCGCCCAGGACUUGAAUAAGCCGCGCUUCGAGACUGAAGUCGCAGAGAGCGGCUGGCUGCUCAACGACAUCGUCUUCACCACCCGCAACCUGCACAAAUGGGUCAAGGAUGAGAAGGCCCCCGAUAUCGAACUCUCCUUCAAGUUCAUGAGCCCCAAGAUCCGGAAGGAUCCCCUCGGCUGCGUGUUGGUGAUCGGUGCCUUCAACUUCCCCUUCCAGCUGACCAUGGGUCCGGUUAUCGGAGCUAUCGCCGCCGGUAAUACCGUCGUCAUCAAGCCCUCUGAGAACGCUCCCCGCAGCGCUGCCGUCAUGCAAAAGAUCUGUGAGGCCUCCCUUGACCCCUCCUGCUACUCCGUCGUCCAGGGUGGCGUUCCCGAGACACAGGCUCUCCUGGCCGAGCGAUGGGACAAAAUCUUCUUCACGGGUGGUGCCAGUGUCGGCCGUAUCAUCGCCAAGGCCGCGGCACCUCACUUGACCCCCGUGGUCCUCGAGCUGGGCGGUAUCAACCCGGCCAUUAUCACCAAGAAUGCCGACCCGCGCCUGGUUGCGCGCCGCAUGCUCUGGGGCAAGAUCCUGAACGCGGGUCAGGUCUGUACCUCGCAGAAUUACCUGCUUGUCGACAAGUCGCUUGUGUCCAAAGUUGUGGAAGAAUUCAAGAAGGCCUAUGCGGAGUUCUACCCCCAGGGUGCGAAGGAUUCGCCUGAUUACUCUCGUAUCAUCAACGACACCCACUUCCAGCGCCUGAAGUCAAUGCUCGACAACACCAAGGGCAAGAUCGUGCUUGGCGGUAGCAUGGACGCGAAGGAGCUCUUCAUCGAGCCCACCGUGGUCCUGGUCGACUCUGUGGAGGACUCGCUCUGUACACAGGAGAGCUUCGGGCCAUUCAUUCCGAUCCUGCCCGUCGAGAACCUGGACGAGGCCAUCAACCUCGCCAACGGCGUUCAGAACACCCCGCUCGGCCUCUACCCCUUCGGCUCCAAGGCCGAUGUGGCGAAGAUUAUCUCCUCCACCCGCUCCGGCGGUGUCUCCUGCAACGACUCCGCUCUGCACAUCCCCACUCUGCCCUUCGGUGGUGUCGGCGAGAGCGGCUACGGCGCCUACCGCGGCCGCUCCAGCUUUGACGUCUGGGUGCACCGCCGCCCCAUCACCAGCAGCCCCAGCUGGCUCGAGUCCCUCCUCGCCAUCCGCUACCCGCCGUACGCCGGAAAGCUGAGCAAGUUCAAGGCCGCCAGCACUCUGGUGCCGGACUUUGAUCGCAGCGGCCAAAAGCUAACAUUGGGCUGGCUGCGCUUCAUCCUGACGCUGGGUGGUGGAAGCGCGAAGGCUGGCGCCGGCCGCGCUGCUGCUGUUGCUGCCAGUGAGUAA